GGUCCAAUAAAGCCAAUACAGGAGUUGCCCACAGGCCAUAGCGCGCGCACGGCGCACCCACUCUCGUACGGUGACACCUAUCCUUCAACCCCUAAAAAAACCCUAGAAAUUAGGGUACCUUCAACCUUGAAUCCUCGAUUUAUUUUGUACAUUAAUUAGUUGAGGCACAGAAUCUUCUAAAAAUGGACAAUAUUCAAGACGAUGGUAGGUUUCCUCCAAAAUCCCAUUCUCUCAAUCGCUCAAGGAAAGCCCCUUUGUACUCUCACCCUGUCCCCUCUUACUACAAUCACGAUUAUGCUGUCGGUGAAGAUGACGACGAAGAAUUUGACGAAGAGAACGAUCACGAAUUCGACGGAAACGACAUCGGUGAUGACUAUAGCUCUAGAAGGUAUUCCCACAAUUUUGAUGAACAAAACGACGAUUUCGGUAGAUAUCCAAAGAGGCAAAAGCUCAAAAGCUCCGUUUCCAAUUACGAAUUUGUACCGAGAAGCGGGAGAUUGUUGUCGCAUGGGGACGACAAUUUCGCGCCUGAAUGGAGUGAGCACGAGAAAUUUGUGCUUUUGGAGGUGUGGGGAGAUAGAUUCUUGCAAUUGGGCAGGAACAGCCUAAGAUCUGAAGAUUGGACCGAGGUUGCGGAGAAAGUAUCAGAGUCAUCGAAAAUGGAGAGAACAGAAGUUCAGUGUAAACAAAUGAUGGAUGUUUUGAAGAGAAAAUAUAAGAAAGAGAAGGCAAAAGGUCCUAGUAGUAGCAAAUGGGCGUUCUUUAGAAAAAUGGAUAUGUUGAUGAAGCAGGAACUUGGAGGUGGGAGUGGGUUUACUUUAGCUUGUGGGGUGGAUUCAGGAGAGUAUGUUUUUAUGGAUACACAUGUGUAUUUGGAGCGUGCGAAUGGGAACGAUGAGAUGAGGGAUAGUCCAUGUGAAUCAGAGGAGGAAGACGAAGAGGAGGAGGACAGAGAGCAAAGUGGCACAAAUGAGGGAGUGAAGGGGUUGAGAGUGUUGGCAGAUUCUGUUCAAAAGUUCGGGGAGAUAUAUGAGAAGAUUGAGAGUAGUAAGAGGGAGCAAAUGAUGGAAUUGGAGAAGAUGAGGGUGGAUUUCCAAAGAGAGUUGGAGUUGCAGAAGAAGCAAAUUUUGGAGAGGGCACAGGCAGAGAUUGCAAAGAUAAGGGAGGAAGAGGAAGAUGAAGAUGAGGAUACUGGUGAUGAUGAUGAGGAUGAUGAUUCAGGAGAUGAUGUAACCGGAUAAUGAUUUGUCUCUAUCUCCAGGAUUCAACUAUGAGGGUAUUUGCUAAAUCUGACGUCUGUGGAUUAAUUUAGUUUUAUUGUUGAGUUAUUGCUUUAAAUUACUGGGAUUUUUUUAUUGAAUAUUGAUUCAGUUUUAUCUUGUUGCAUCACUUAUAAUGAGCGACUGUAUAUUUGAUAAAAUUACUCAAUGUCAAGUUUCGUGAACUACUUCAAUGAAUUUGAUAGUUUAGGUUGUCAUCAAAGAAUAAUGAAGAUCCACAUGUUAAUCUAAUUGUUAUUUCAUUAUGGAAUCUCCUGUAACUAAUAGUAUUAGAACAGGUGCAUAUGGAUAAAAAGCCUUGUGCUAUGUUUAAAUGGAAUGUGAAGUUAUGAUUGUAGAAA